ACAAAAACGUAACCGUGUUCUACGUAAAAGAACAAAACGUGGUUUUAAGUAAAUUAGGCUAUUAUAAAUUAUCUUUGGCAAUGUUUGUGAACAAAUUUAGUUAACCGUCAAACACAUUAUUGGAAUUCGCCAAAACUCCCGAAAAUUAACUAUAAGAAAAUAUGCGAAACCUUGCUACUAAGUUAAUACACUCUUAAAACAUACGCUUUUUGCCACAUCUAUUUCAAACAAUUUAUUUUGGCACAAUUUUUAAAGAAGUUUAAAAUCUUUCGUAGCUUUUCUUAUAUAGUAUUAACCAAAUAUUCUGUAUUUUAUUUCCGAAAUGCCCAUAAACCUUUAAUAUUGGUUCAAUAAUAUAAUGAAUAUAUAAAUGAAUAUUUACGGCUGUCUCGAAUUCGCCCAAACAAAAAUAAAACUAAAGAUAGCGUAGACUUGCGAGAAUCAAUGAUUUAUUACCGUAAAUAACUCAAUAAACGUAAAAGGCUUAAUAACGCUCAUAAAACAGUGCUAUAGGCAUUUUAAAAUUGAGUCGGCAAAACUAAUCGAAUAUUCGAUAAUAAUGGAAAUCGACGAGGAGAAACCGCAUGCUGCCAUUGCGGAGAACCCCAAUGAGAACGUGAUACGUGAACGCAACGCGGAGAUCGUCUCCGGCGGCAACGUCUUCUACAAUCCUGUCCAGGAAUUCAACCGGGAUCUGAGCAUUGCCGUCCUGAACAUCUACUACCGGAGAUUGGCCAAGGAAAGAAGCGAAAAGGCUCUCAAAAAGCAGCGAAAGAGGGUCAAAGAGAACGAGGCGGAGGAGAAACCCGAAACUGGCGUUCCAGAAGAUCCCCCUGUCUAUGUGGCAGGCACACGCUAUGAGGAUGGAUUGCGGAUCCUGGAGGCUCUGGCGGCCACCGGUCUGCGAAGCAUCCGCUACGCCCAGGAGAUCGCUGGUGUCCGCCAGAUCGUAGCCAACGAUUUGUCCCGCCAGGCGGUGGCGUCCAUCAACACGAAUGUGCGGCACAAUAAGGUUGAGGAGCUAAUCGAGGCCAGCCACGCGGAUGCCAUGACUGUUAUGUACCUUUCGACUGCCCCCGAGAAGCGCUUCGAUGCCGUAGACCUGGAUCCGUAUGGUUGUCCGAAUCGCUUUUUAGAUGGCGCUAUGCAGUGCCUUGUGGACGGCGGCCUGCUGCUGGUGACCGCCACCGAUAUGGCCGUGCUGGCCGGCAAUGCUCCGGAAGCGUGCUAUGUGAAGUAUGGGUCGGUGCCGCUGCGCAUGAAGUGCUGUCAUGAGAUGGCAUUGCGCAUACUGCUGCACUGCAUCGAAAGCCAUGCGAAUAGGCAUGGCAAGUACAUCGAGCCGCUGCUAAGCAUUUCGGCGGACUUCUACAUUCGCAUCUUUGUUCGAGUGUACGUUGGACAGGCUCAGUGCAAGCUCUCGAUGAGCAAGCAGUCGUGGAUGUACCAGUGCACCGGCUGCGAAACCUUCACUCUGCAACCUCUGGGCAUAACCAAGCCCAAUCCCACUACGGGGAAUCCGCAGCAGCUGAAAUUUGGCAUACCCACUGGUCCGGCGGUCAACUCGCAGUGCGAGCACUGCGGCCACAGGCACCACUUAGGAGGGCCCAUCUGGUCAGCGCCACUGCACAACCCGGAAUUCGUUCAGGAUCUUCUAAAGGCAGUACAGGAACCACCGCUUGAAUCCCUAGGCACCCAGCGGCGGAUCGUGGGAGUGCUGUCCAUGGUACAGGAGGAGUUGCAGAACGUCCCGCUUUACUACACACCGGACAAGCUCUGUUGCGUGCUCAAGCUGGAGAUUGUGCCCAUGCUGAAGUUCCGCUCCGCCAUUCUGCACGCUGGCUACCGGGUCUCCUACUCGCAUGCCUCAAAGAACUCCUUGAAGACGGACGCUCCGCCAGCCGUGCUGUGGGAUAUCCUGCGUAGCUGGAGCAAGCGGCACCCGGUUAAUCCAGACCGCAUGAUUCCUGGCACUCCAUUACAGGCCAUACUGUCGAAGCCUUGCACCAAGGACUACGAGUUUGAUGAACUCCACCCGGCCGCUAAUCCGAAGAGCCGUAAAUCGGCCUUAUCGCGCUUCCAGGAGAAUCCAACGCCACAUUGGGGACCGGGCACCAGGGCUACCAUUAUGAUUGGUGACAACAAACUGCCCAAGAGUUAUCGGAACCAGAACAAGAAGCAGCGUCACAAAACGACGCAACAACAGCCGGGCAAUGGAGAUCAAAUGGAUGCCCCACCACAACCAGAUGGUGAGGAACACUUGGCCAAGCAGCCAAAGCUGGAGGCGACUGCGUGACAACUGCUCCUAGCCACAAAUUUAUUCAUGAAUCCAAAAUUAAAAUCAACUAAAGUAAAGUAAGGCAAAAGUGUG